UAAUUUCCCCCGCCGUCCUGUCUGGUAAGGUGACGGUCGAAUUUUCUUUCGCAAUCACACAUACCUCUCGACGCUAUCGUUUAUUCAGCUACGUCUUCUUCUCCACAUUCCAAAACCCUAAUUACUCUUAUUGUUUCUCCAUCCUUAUAUUCAAAUCACUCGACUGAUUUUGCUGCGGACCGAUGGUCGCCUGAAAUUGCAUCCACUGCUCAUCAAUCAGGAAGGAGAAAGCAUUGCAUUGAUACAUCAACAGCAAUAUCUGUAUUUGUCAUGAUUUUUUUUAUUUAAAUUUCUGCCAAAGGACCAGCAAUGCAAUUAGUAAAGCAUGAUAUUCGGGCUGAGGAUUCAUCAGAAACAGAGCCCAUUUUAUCCCAGCCAAGUAUAGCAGAAAGAUCAGAAGAAUCUUCAUCCUCAAUUGAAAUAACUGUGGGUGUGGAAUCUUCUGGAGCUGCUGAGCAUCCAUCUGUUCCCGAAAUUGAUGAGAGUAUUUCUCUAGUUUGCACAGAACAACCACAAUGCCGCAUUUGUCUCGAUGCUGAAGGUGAAGAUUUAAUAGCACCCUGCCAUUGCAAAGGCACCCAAAAGUAUGUCCACAGAUCUUGUCUUGAUAAUUGGAGGUCAACAAAGGAGGGCUUUGCUUUUGCUCACUGUACAGAAUGCAGGGCAAAGUUCAUAUUGCGGGCGAAUGUCCCUCCUGAUCGUUGGUGGUUGAGAUUGAAAUUUCAAUUUCUCGUUGCAAGGGAUCAUGCGGUCAUUUUCGUUAUUGUUCAGCUGGUUGUUGCAUUUCUAGGUGUGCUGUUGUACAAAUUUUAUGGAGAAGAACUGCGGGAGAUGUUUGGUUAUGAAGAACAUCCGUAUGGAUUUUAUACUAUGGCCGUUCUUGCUAUUGUGCUGGUGGGUUUGCUCUAUGGCUUCUUCAUUGCAAUAAUAUGUGGUCAGAGGAUCAAUGAACGACACUACCACGUUCUUGCCAAGCAAGAGCUGACAAAGGAGUAUGUGGUGGAAGACAGAGAAACUAACAAGCAUGUGUCAGAACUUGAUCCUAGUCAUAUCACUGAGCUAAGAAUGCUAGGCCUCUACUGAGGAGAAAAAAUUGCUGGUUUUCCUUGCACGUUGAGUUUUUACUCACAAUGUGAAAGAGUAAGAGCUACAGACGGGUGUCAUGAAGGAACUAUUGGAGGAGUUACGAGUUCUUUGUUGUGCCUUGUUAAGUUACUAUACGACAAAAAAUUCACUCAAAUACUUAAUUUCCGUACAGAAAAUGCUUGUGAGAGAUGUGACUGUUGGAAACUUCAAUUAAAGCAGUAUGUGAUUGAUUAAGAUUUCA